CUUUAACAAUUUUUGUUUCUCCCCGGGCUUCUGCGCUGUUUUGCUAGACGAGGCCUCUCCAGCCAGCGCCAUUCGUUGUUUGGACCUCGCGUUGCUUGGACGUACAUUUCAAUCGGCGCGUCGUCUCUCGAAGAUCGUCUGGCACAGCUAUAUCUCCAGCGAGCUACUCGUGUACCAGUCGUGGCCAGGGAACCCGUAUCAAGGAUUGCGAAACGGGCGUUUGGCAUUGCGCAUACGCAGCGUGUGACGUGCUCCACAGGGCGAUCAAGGAAUCGAAACAGGAGUUGACCGCAAUCCAUGCUCAACGCGUGACCACAGAGCAGCCACAACAAGCCGCAGAUUUCCAGCAUAGAAGGAACCAACCAAAAUGGUGCAGGACCAGGGAGAGACGACAGCCCUGCCAGAGGCGCUGCUGAAGAUCGCCAAGCGGGAGCUGCGGGAGGAUCGAUGCACCCGGGAGCAGUGUCUGGAGCAGCUGCGGAAUUGGGUGGCCAAGAACGAGGAUCUGCAGAAUGUGCGCUGCGACGACACCUUCCUGCUGCGCUUCCUGCGGGCCAAGAAGUUCAGUGUGCCGAUGGCCGAGCAGACGCUACUCAAGUACCUGAACAUCAGGCGCACGUUCCCGCACAUGAGCACCCAGCUGGACUACCUGGAGCCGCGACUCGGCGACCUCAUCGAUCAGGGCUACAUAUUUGCGGUGCCACAGCGGGAUAAGCACGGCCGCCGGGUGGUGGUCAUCAAUGCCAAAGGCCUCAAUCCGAAGAUCCAUACCAGCUGCGACCAGGCCAAGGCCCACUUCCUCACCUACGAGUGCCUGAUGGAGGAUCAGGAGACACAGAUCACGGGGCUGACGCAUGUGGGUGACUUUGCCGGCGUGACCACGGCGCAUGUGACCAACUGGAAUCCCACGGAGUUUGCCCGCAUCUUCAAGUGGGGUGAGCAGUCGUUGCCCAUGCGUCACAAGGAGAUCCACCUUAUCAAUGUGCCAUCCACACUGAAGUGGCUCAUUGAUUUCGUGAAGAAUCGCGUCAGUUCCAAGAUGAAGAACCGCCUGAUCAUCUACGGAAGCGAAAAGGAGCUGAUGAAGUGCGUGGAUCAGGGCUGUCUGCCCCAGGAAAUGGGUGGCAAAAUGCCCAUGCGUGAGAUGAUCGAGCUGUGGAAGCAGGAGCUAGCGACCAAGCGGGACCUAAUCCUUGGCCUGGACAAGAGUAUUCUGCUCUCCGAUCGCGGCAUCCAGCGGAAAAGCAGCUUCAAUGCCGAAAAGGCCUCCACCGGCGGACCAAAUUUCGUUUCACAAAUCGAGUCCAUCGAGGGCAGCUUUCGGAAACUGGAGUUCGACUAGCCAGUUCUAGACCCAGUUCUAGUUUAAGUUUAUAGUCCUUAGUCUUAGGCAUCAUCCGUUAACCCAAUGCGCAACGCUUUGCCGGUCCCCCGAUCCUGGCCAGCGCCCGAUCCUGGCCAGCGCCCGAUCCUGGGGAUCCCUGAUUCGCUUAUCGGUGGCACCCGCUUUACUCAUCCUGCGCUUCUUUGUAUACUGUUUGUGUUUGUGGCGUACAAUAAACGAGUGGAAUAAUUUGGAA